UAAAUAUAUACAUCCAGUGUUAGUUUAUUGAACGAUGACUUAUUUUCAAAUUUUCUUAUGCCUCUUUUAUGCUUGUUUAAUGUCAGGGUUACAUGUUGUGGCAGGACAGCAAGGGUUGCGUUCAUUACAAGGUGUUUUACUAGCUAUAGACAACAUUGUAACAUUUUAUGAAAACAAUUACGAAAAAAUGAAUAUUGAUGGAAUUUAUGGAUCGCGCUUCUUAGAAGGUCAAAUGGAACUACUUCUCCAAGACUUAGAAAAAUUAACAAUUGCUGCUUCCCGACAUGAAGAUUUAAUAAAGCAUAUCUCACAACUACGUCUUAAGGCUGAAAAAAUCUCUGAUGAUGCCCUUCCUCAGUUGCAGUCCAGCAAUCCUGAUUACUUCGACAAACUUGCUGGUUUGGUGAAAUAUGGAUGGAGAGUUCAUCAUACAGACAGGGAGUUGGAUAGUAACUAUUUAUGGAAGGAAAAGGUGGAUCUGUUCGAUGAAGCAACACAGAAGGCUGAGCGACGCAUGCUGAAACAAUCUGACGAUUGCAUGGCCGAGCUGCUACAAACAGGGGUCAAAAGGUGUAUUGUUAGUUUAGACUGCUGCAAGUUGAUGACAAAACGAGGAUACAGUGGAUAUGCACUCUCUCAUCAGCUAUUAUAUACAGUCCUAGCUGAGCAGAUGAAUUGUACACGUGAAGUAGAUGCCAUAUAUGAAGAACUGGGAACAGAUAUUACUAGUAUACAGGUGGAAAUGUGUACCAACAGCUAUGCUCAAGUAGGGGAAAUACUAUCAAGAACUAACUAUACUGUGCUGCCAAAGAACCAAGAUUGGAUCAUGGAGAUAGAAUUUGUAUGCUUGAAUUUGGGCUUCUAUGAAUAUCUAGACAUGGACCUACUGGAGCAAAUGAUUUCGUGGCAAAAGCCAAGUGGUUGCUACGGUCGAAUGCCUCGUAAUACCAUUAUGAAUAUCAACGACGAUAACGAUGCUUUACAUGCAGAUGGCGCUGAUGAUGAUGAUGAUGUUGAAGAUAUGGAUGAAACUAUUGAUGAAUAUGAUUAUGAAGAUUCCAAUGAUGAAACAACUGUUACAAAUUCACUGAUGGAUAGUGCAUCUGAUACUCAUCACGAAAAUGAUGAGAAUACACACAGAAAUGAUGAGAUUGUUAAUAGAAAUAAUGACAAGGAUCCUGCAUCUAAUGUUUACUUGAUAGAAGAUUCUAAAUUAGAGACAAGUAAUAACACCAAGGUAUCUAAAAGUCCUGAAACUAAAACAAGAACAGAAAAUGACCUCUUUCAUAAAAGACAUAACAAUUAUGAAGAAAUAACGACUGAACCAGAUGAGAAUAAUAUACAUAUAGAACUACGUCAUGUACGAAAACUAUUGAGUGAAAUUGACUUGCACGAUACUGAUGGGUGCCUCGUCCAUAAAACAUCAGUAGCACUAUGUGCAUUGACAAUGUACGCAAAAUAUUUUAUCACAACAUACAUCAAUAAUUUCCAAAACUCACAAGAUCCAGAGGAAGGAAUAUCUGAAAUCGAUUAUACUGAUUUAUUUGGUGAACAUCACAGAAACGCUAAACACAAUGUUAAAAUAUUUUUUGACGACCUGGAUAAAGAAACGGAAGAACCUUUUGUAUUAGACAUUGCUGUUACACAUACAAUGUGGACUUUGGAGUUUAAGGAAUAUGUAACAUAUGCAUUGAUAUUUGUGAUAUGUGUUGGACUUGCGUAUUUGGUAAUUAAAAUAAUGAUAAAUUUAAAGCGCUCGUGUAAAAAGAGAGGAUAUAUCCGACGAUCUCGGAUGAUUUGAUGACUAAAGAGUUGCAAAACUAAUUCGUGUCAUAUAUUCAACAUAUGUGUAUAGAUGUCUCAACCAUGUCAACGGUCACCAACAUGUAAUGUUGUUUAGAGUCUAAAGCUAACACAUGAUCAUGAAGUGUAUGUGAAAUAAUUGUAAUUCGGUCACUGAAAGUUUAUGAAAAAUCCCUAGGGGUCAUAAUAUUACAUAUGACUUCUCCCAGUUCUUAAAACGUGUGGCUUAACCCCGCUAACGGGGAGACAAGGUACACGUUU